UCCGACGGAAUCCCCUCGGAGGAAAUGUAGACUCACGCGCAGUACUCAGGGCUUAGUAGGCAGUCUACACCCCUGAAACACACACAUACUGAAACAAGUCCUCUGCAUUUCACCUCGGCACGUCAACAUGAAGGUCUCGAGCAUAGACGGUCGGAACCUGAGGAAGAUCAUACGGAAAGAGUGUGGACGGUGUCUUAUCGUGGACUGUAGAUCGUACUUCUCGUUCUCCAGCUCCAGUAUCAGAGGCUCCGUCAAUGUUAACUUGAACUCGGUGGUGGUCCGGAGGUCCCGCGGCGGUCCGGUACCGCUUCAGUUUGUCAUCCCGGACGAGAAGGCUCUGUUUCGGCUUCGGGAGGGCAGCAUCUCGGCGGUCGUGGCUCUGGAUGACCGCACACCUCAUUUACAAAAACUGAAAAAAGACAGUAUUGCUCACAUAGUAAUAAAUUCUUUAUCGCACUUGGCAGGUAGCGCGAGCAUCUGCUUCUUAAAAGGAGGCUAUGAUAAUUUCCAUUCCCAGUACCCAGAGCUUUGCACUGAAACCAAGUCUGUGGACCUGAGUGAAGAUGAAAGCGGAAGAAGUGUGAACAGUCACUGUGACAAACUGGCUUCUCACCACAAACCAGACUAUGAUCAGGGACGGCCGGUGGAGAUCUUGCCUUUCUUGUACCUGGGCAGUGCCUAUCACGCCUGCAGACAGGACUAUCUCAAUGACCUCCGAAUAACAGCGCUGCUGAACGUCUCGCGCAGGGACUCCCAGCCAACUAAAGGACAGUACCACUACAAAUGGAUCCCUGUGGAGGACAGCCAUACGGCAGACAUCAGUUCACACUUCCAGGAGGCCAUAGACUUUAUCGAACGUGUGAAAGCAGAAGGCGGUAAAGUGCUGGUCCACUGUGAGGCUGGAAUCUCUCGUUCUCCUACAAUCUGCAUGGCGUACAUCAUGAAGACCCAACGGUUGCGGUUGGAGCAGGCCUUCGACAUCAUCCGACAGCAGCGUGCGAUCGUCUCCCCCAAUUUUAGCUUCAUGGGUCAGCUACUGCAGUUCGAGUCGGAGGUCGUUUCCUCCACGCCUCCGUCCUCCACCCCCAACAAAGCCUCUAGCGCUCAGGAGACCCCCACCUUCUUUAACAGUGACUUCACGCUCAAAAGUGAGUGCUUCGAGUCUUCGGUUUUCACGUUCCCUACCUCUUUCCUGUCACCAAUGCCCAUCCAACCCUCGGUUCACCAGUUCAAAUUGAGUCCAAUAACUGCGCUGCCUUAAAAGGGCUGCCUGGCUCACCACAGUCAACGAGUACUUGAGAAAUAAAAGGACAGGCUAACGUAACAAAACAAUGGACUACAGGGAAAAAGACACUUAUGUUUUAAUAUUUUUUAAAAAUGUGAAAACAGUUGUGCGUGACAGUGCUUAUUGAUUUUGUUUGCCUUAGAAAAUCACUGCACAAUGGUUACACUGCAAUAACUGCCUUAGCUUGCUGACGUACUGCCCAUGAACAACGCCUAGCUGGGCAAAUUAAAUUAUUAUUAAUUUUUUUAACUGUUUCCUUUUUUUUAUGAUGCGUGAAUCUGUUAAUAAAUGUUUUUACAGAA